AUGUUUGCACGCUUCCUUUCCGAGCUGUCUCAUGAACAAGUCUUGGAUGAGAUGAAUGGCUUCCUUGAUGCAGAAUCUUUGACGCCUGUCAUUGAAGCCCAUAAAGCUCUUGAUAAACUAACUGAGAGGUCACUGAAAGUGCCUUUCGCCAUGGACAAUUCAGCAACAAAAAUGCCAUCCAAUUUACAUACCAACUUGCGUAUCCAAGCAAUUCAACGCGCGCUAAAUAAUGGGUUGGAUUCAUGGGCGCAUAGUGCGAUACACUUGAGCUGCCAGAAAUCCAAGCCUGAUAAAUUCGAGCAUCGUUAUAAGCUCAUGCUAGAGACAAAAUGGCUUGCCUGCAAGAUCUGGACAAAUCUUGGAUCAUCCGCCACUGAAAAGCAAAGCCGCAAUAAUAGCACUCACCGAAUGUUUGAAAUUCUGACAGAGAUUUUUGGCAUAAGCGCUAUUAGUGCCGUCGAUGCCAUGGAUAUCAUUGGACAUGAGCAUGUUAUGCAUCUGAUUCUUUUAAAAAGUCGGGAUCUGAACCUUCGUCUCACUAUGUUGGAUCGCUUCCGAGAAAGACUUUACUUCAGUGGCGGCACUUCGGAGUUACUGAUGCUGUAUUUAACAGCGAAACAGGCUAUCGAAGAUGACCAUGGCAUCGUGUUGGGAUCAGAAUGGGAUAUUGUUCACAGCAUUCAAGGUUUUUCAGGUAUGGAGAAUGUGGCUCAUUCUUUUGGUAAAGCUCAACAUGUCACCUUUUGGGUCCUUGUAUGCUUGGCCGUUCGAGAGCGCAUACGAAUGAAUCGAGAACUAAACGAAGCCGAAAAUGCAUUGUUGUUAAAACUCAUUAUUCAUCAGGGUGGCAAGCUUAGUCACGAUGAAGGCCUGUUGGUAAUGCCGCGAAAAGCCGGUCUCCAUCACUACGCUGCCCACAAAACGGAGACCAACAUUGCCAACACUGCAAAGCAUUUGGGUCGCGGUGGUAUGGAAGGGUCUUUCCGGUGCCAGCGACCUGGCUGUACUCGUUCUUAUUUAAGAAAAGAACAUUUGCGGCGGCACGAACGAGACCAUGCUAAUGCCCGACCAUUUACUUGCCAGGACUGCCCCUCAACAUUUAACCGCAGGGACUUGCUCAAUCGCCAUAGAGUCUUGAAUCACGGCAAUUCGCAACCUUCAGCUGAUAAGCCUCACCCCGAAGGUGCUGCGGCAAGCAAACGCAGCAAACCCAACGAUGAUCACAGCACGGCAUCAGUUGGCGAGUCUGCUACUAGCGAAAUUCCAAACUCUAACCCAGCGAACGAAAUGUGGUAUUUGGAUCUUUCUUCAACCCCGGCGGAAAAACUACUCGAUGCUACGAAUAGACGCCAGUUAGAGGAGCUUUACUUCGCAAACAUUCAAGAACUCAGCACAACCCCCUACGCUAUCUAUAGCAGUAUUAAUUGCCGGGCUAUGGAUGAUGGGAACCCCUGA